CAGUCGGUCAAAUACGCCAAUGCAGCGGGCAAAUAAUAAUUUUUAUACGAAAUUGUUGCGUAGAAAAAAUUUAUUGUAAAUACAUAGAAAAAAUCGGCGCGUUUCAAAAUGUUUGUAACAAAUGUGUUAACCGGUCUUGGCGGCGCGCUAAUCGGCAAUCUAACCGAGAUCCUGGCCACAUUGGCCUUCGUCUGCUUCGCGCUCUACAUUUGGUUACAAUAUCAAUACACAUAUUGGCGUCGUCACAGUAUACCUUAUAUUGAACCGUCUAUGUUUUUUGGCAAUCUCAAAGGUAUUAUCAAUUCCGAGGCUGAUCCUUGCACCUGGUUUCARCAUUUGUACAAUCAUGAGAAGGCCAAAAAUCUCGCAGCUGUCGGUAUCUAUAUAUUUAAUAAGCCUUCACUGCUGAUACGCGAUCUGGAGUUGAUCAAAAGCAUUUUGAUUAAGGAUUUUAAUUAUUUCUCAAAUCGUCAUUCAUCGUCGGAUCCACACUCCGAUUCGUURGGUUCGGAUAAUUUGUUCUUCGCUAAGAAUCCGCGUUGGAAGGAGAUACGCGUUAAGUUGACGCCAGUUUUUACCAGUGGCAAAAUGAAGCAAAUGUUUCCACUCAUUGAGGAGGUCGCUCGUGAAUACGACAGAUAUCUCUGCGCAUUGAAAAUGGAUGCGAAAACCAACUCUACAAUACUAGAAGUAAAGGAACCGAAUGCGCUCUACACAACCGAUGUGAUAGCGAUCACGGCCUAUGGCAUACAAGCAAAUAGUCUCAACGAUCCGAACGGCAUUUUCCGUAAAAGUGGCAAGAAAAUCUUCACAUUUACUUGGUUACGUUCCAUGGAGUUCAAAGCGUUCUUUUUCAUACCCAUAAUGGUUAAGCUUUUUGGCUUCAAAGUAUUUUCCAAGCAGGCCACAAUCUUUUUGCGCGACACAAUCAAUCAUGUGAUGGAGGAACGCAUCAAAAGGGGUAAUGUGCGCAACGAUCUAAUCGACAUUUUGGUUAAAUUCAAACAAGAGGCCGAAGAAGAACUGAAAGAAGGCAAGAAACCGUUCAUUUUGGAGAAAGACGCUUUGGCGGCGCAAGCGGCUAUUUUCUUUUCGGCUGGCUUCGAAACGUCAUCGUCCACAAUGUCAUUCGCUAUGUUCGAAAUGGCGCAAAAUCCGGAAGUGCAAAGACGUUUGCGUGAAGAACUACUCGAGGCAUACAAGAGUAAUGAUGGCAAAAUAACCUACGAGUUGAUUAUGGGUCUGAAGUAUAUGGAUAAUGUAGUGAAGGAGGUGUUACGCCAUUAUCCACCACUACCAUUCCUCGAUCGCGUAUGCACACCAAAAGCUGAUGAAAAAGGUUAUUCGCUGAACGCCUUUGGUUUGGACUUUACAGUACCGCACAAUAUGCCUGUCUAUAUACCGAGUCAAGCUUUACACAUGGAUCCAAAGUACUUCAAAGAUCCCGAAACGUUUAAUCCUGAUCGUUUUCUACCCGAAAACAAACACGAAAAUAAUAUGAAUGCCUAUAUGCCUUUCGGCAUCGGACCUCAUAACUGUAUUGGUGAGCGCUUCGCAAUGAUCCAAACAAAGCUGGGGCUACUCUACUUCUAUCGGAAUCAUUAUGUAACGCCCUGUGAAAUCACACCGAGGAAACUGCAUUUGAAUCCUCGUGCCAUCAUAUUACAGUCCUCUGGUGGCAUAAAUUUGAAAGUCGUGCGUGAUCCAUUGUUUUAGAGAUGAAGUGGUUGAUGAGGCUGUUAAUAUAGCAUUAUAUACUAUACUUCACAUACUUCAAAGAAGAUACAUAUAGUAGAUGUUGUGUCUAACAUAUGUAGAGAUUAAGCUGUAGAAUAACGGUAUUUGAAGUAAGUAUUUAAGCUUUUCGAAGACAAUAUCUCAUUGUUUUUAUUUUUUUUUAAGUACUUGUUUUAUUUGUAGAUAAUAUAAAUAAUCAAAAUAAAAAGUAUGCCUAUAUAUUAUAUGUACUAAACAUACUAACAAUAAUUUCGAUUCAAAUGUCUCUGAAAAUAAAAUUGUCCAACUGAUGUUAA